GCCGGCCGGCGCGACCGAAUCGGCCGCCGAAGCGACGGUGCACCAAGCCAUGCGCGCUCGCCCAUGCCGUAUGCCUGCCGUGCCGAGCCCCUAUGGUUACCGCACCAGCGAGUGGGAGUGACCACGGCUAUAAACUCCCGCAGUCCCACGCGUCCCGUCGCGCACGCAAGCCACACGCUGGUCGGGCUUCCGUGAUCAGGCCACCAAACCUCUGACUUCCCCUUGGGGCCAAGCCGGGAGCGCACGGCACGACACACCCCACGUUUCGAGCGCCUCCCUCCCUCGCCUCCCACCUCGCUCGCAUUCCGAGUUCCAGCCAGCCAACCAACCAAGCACCGGGUCCGUCUCCCUCCCUCCCCCUCCCGAAGCCUCUCUCUCUCCCUCUACGAGAGCAGAGCUGCAGAGAGAGGCAGGAAGAGAGAAAAAAAAAUAGCCCGACGGAAACGACAAGGGGGCGGCGAGGGCGGGGACGGGGAGGCGGGGGCCCUGGGCGCGGGCGCGGGGGCGGCAGCGGCGCCAGGCGCAUGGCGUCGUCGAGGGUGAUGCCGUCGUCCUCGCCGUCGCACACGGCGUCCGAUCUCGCGCGCUUCGCGCAGGCCGCCAGCAGGCCCGGCGGCGGCGGGGGCAGCGGGCUGGGCUCCAUGAACGUCGAGGAGCUCCUCUGCGGAAUCUACGGCGACAUGCCCACCCCGCCGCCGACCGCGUCGGGAGCCAACCGCCAUGCCGGCGGCCCGGAGAUGACGCUCGAGGACUUCCUGGCGAGGGAAGGCGCGGUCAAGGAGGACGAGGCUAGGAUUUCGGGCCCCUCGGCGCCGGCCGAGGGGCAGGUGGUCAUGGGGUUCCUGGGCGGAGCGGAGGGCGUGGGCGUGGCUGGCGGCGGAGGCGGGAGGGGAAGGAAGCGGCAGUUGAUGGAUCCAGUGGAUCGCGCUGCGAUGCAGCGACAGAAACGGAUGAUCAAAAACCGCGAGUCUGCUGCCAGGUCACGGGAGAGGAAGCAGGCUUAUAUCGCUGAGCUAGAAUCUCUAGUCACACAGCUCGAGGAGGAGAAUGCCGAGCUGUUGAGAGGACAGGAGGAGCGGCAUCAGAAGCGACUUAAAGAGCUUUUGGAACGAGUGACGCCAGUCAUUGUGAGGAAAAAGCUGUCACGAGAUCUUAGAAGAACGAACUCAAUGCAGUGGUAGUCAUGAGGCAAUCUCAGUUGCCAUCCACCCUACAGUUAUAACAUAGCAUUUGAUCCUGUAUGUUAAUUUUCUAUUUUAUCUGCAGCAACUUAGUUGUAGUAACUUAGCAAAUAGCAUGGGCAGUUAGCCGACACAAAGCUUAUAUGAAAUCAUAUCAUGUAGGAGAGUGUUCAUGAGCAAGAAAGCCUGUUAUUUCUAUUUCA